AUGGUCUAUUGCAAGCUUUACAAGGAGGCCAGGCUGAACUUCUAUAGGGAGAGGGUUGCCUCGGCCUCGACCCCGGUGGAGCCUUCCGCCCGCAAGGGCCCAAGAGAGCCCUCGUCCGGUUUGGCCCGGCACUCGUCUUCCUUCGACUGGGCAGCGAAGCUCGCUGACCCGCCCAGCGAUGCCGAGAUCAAGAAUGCCAUCCUCGGAGCUGCUUCAAACACACCCGGCCUCGACGGUGUGCCCCUGGCGUUUUUCAGACAUACUUGGGAGCUCAUGCGCCCAGCUGCCCGGGCCAUCGCCGGGGACGUUGCGGGGGCUGUUCCAUCCAGGUCCGCGCUGAACCUCGUCCAGGCGCUUGUGUACGACGCGGAGACCAUGUCGAGGCAAGGCUACCAUGGCUCUUGGUCACCCUGGAUGUGGACUCGGCAUACCCCUCGGUCCAACCGCCGAUCCUCCGCGAAGUCCUGA